AUGUUGUUUUCGCGGUUCGGCCUUCUAGCUCCUUCGCUUGCUUCUUUACUCUUCACCGGCAGCGCGGUUGCCGAUGACGCACGAAGCAGAGCUAGGAAUGCCCUAGAGACCCUCCAGGGCUGGUAUAACCCCUCAAGUGGGAUUUGGGAUACUUGCGGCUGGUGGGAUGGGGCGAGUUGUAUGACUACAGUUGCCGAUCUAGCUGCGCUAGAUCCAUCCGUGAUGGAAACAGCGACAUAUGUUUUCAAUAACACUUUCUAUGUGGGGCCAGUAUCGAAUCCUCAUCCAGGGCCAGAGAAGAAAACAGUCUUCACACGCGAUGAUCAGCCGUCAGCGGUCAAUGCCUCGCAAUGGCUUGACUCGGCCUACGACGAUGACGGAUGGUGGGCUCUUGCAUGGAUUGCGGCAUAUGAUGUGACCAAGGAACCAAACUACCUCGAACUGGCCGAGGGGAUCUUUGAGAGCUUGGUCGAUGCGUGGGGAACAGAUUGUGGCGGAGGCGGUAUUCCUUGGAACCCCACGAGCACAUAUGUCAACUCGAUUACAAACGAACUGUUCUUGUCUGUCGCAGCGCACCUUGCGAACCGAGUUCCCGACAGAAAAUCAUACUAUGUUCUCUGGGCCCAGAAGGAAUGGGAUUGGUUCACGUCCCAAGGCUUUAUUGGAGAGAAUGGUACUAUCAACGACGGACUUUUGGAGAAUUGCCAGAACAAUGGAGCCACUGUCUGGUCCUACAACCAAGGAGUCGUGCUCGGUGGACUAGUGGAGUUGAACCGAGCUGCACCCAACGACACAUACUUGCCUUCAGCCAACAAAAUUGCAAAUGCUGCUAUCGAAACACUGGCAGAUUCAAAUAAUGUUAUCCACGAAUUUUGUGAGCCACAAUGCCUCCCAGACGGCACACAAUUUAAGGGCAUCUUCAUUCGCAAUCUUGCAAUGUUACAUAAGGCAUCCCCGAAUGCUAUCUACAGCAAUGUCAUCAGCAGCUGCGCAAACAGCAUCUGGGAUAAUGAUCGCAAUGAGCAAAACCAGUUUGGGGUUAACUGGGCCGGUCCUAUUGAGGCCGUGGUGGAUGCAUCCACGCAUAGCUCAGCCUUCGAUGCGCUAGUUGCUGCAGUUGCUGCAGCUGGGGUAUAA